AUGUCAUGCAUGGCUCCACGUUUCCGGAAGAUAUUCUUUCCAUGGCUUUCGAGUUUGAGGUCGAGGUGGCGAGGUCGAGGCGGCGAGCACAUGUCAAUGCUUCGUUCACCGAAGAAAGACUCCAGCGGGCCGUGCCGUGAAGCACUGCCACUCUUAUCGCUCUCGCACACCGUGGCUCUUCUCUCUAUUCAAAGAUCGCACAUUCUGUUCUGCACCAACCUUCAUCACACGCGGACUGCUCUGUUCGUGACGAUGGCGAAGCGAGAACUCACGCACGACAGCCCAGACACACAAGAGCUCGAGCCUCAAGACGGCUCAGCACAGUACUAUGAGUACUACUACCAGGAUCCAGACUACGACGGGGAUGAUAGACAUCUACCAAACAUCAGCUCCGCUGCUGAAGGCAUCGACACCUCAUCUGACUUCGUGCUGUGCAACUAUUCGUGGCCGGAAGUACAGCGACUUGGUAUGCGCGCCUCGGUGGUUGCGGAUGGUGACGUUCACAUCUCACUAUCGCCUGAAGAAGAAGACACGAUCGUCUUGUCGAGCACAUUGCUGAAAGCGUCGCAUCCUUUCUGGAAAGCUAGCUUGCGCGACCGAUGGCUACCACAGAAGACGGUGACGGGCACCAACAUCAAGAGACUCGAGCUCGAGUUCUUGUCUCGUCGAGAGAGUAUCCUCGUUGGCAAGACCGCAAUAACCGCUCCCCAUCGUCGACAUGCCAUGUUCCUGGACACCCAAAACGAAUACUAUCGCGACUGCCUGCGCUAUUCGUGCGGUGAUUUCGACGAAGGUGCGUUAAGCCAACAUGUCGAUUGGACCGCAUUCAUCAAGGCCACGAUCAACGCCCACAAAAUUGGAUUCGCAAUCUUAUGUGGUCACCCCCUCAAAGCAUGGACAGGUCACCCGUUCGGACUCUCAGACGACUGGAUUAUGUUUCCAGACACUCCCACUCUGGUAAUACUGCGGCUGCUGGACUAA